CCAGUCAUGCUUUCGUUAUUUUCCAAUCACCCGCAAUAAUCUGCGCAACCGUCCGCUCUCCCACUGGGAAACUAGAUAACUGCACGCCUAUAGUUAUUUUGCUUAGAUAUAAGUAAAUUAAAAAUAAACAUUGGAAUCUAUCCAGAAGCUUAGAGAAAGCAUCUAAAAUGUAUUUAUUACAAAAACCCUCGAAACAAUUCCCGUCGGUGUCGAAACGGUCGUGGGCCUUCUUUGAGAUUUGUAGUAAUCAUCAUUUCGAAUAUCUGGCUAAUUAUUAUGCGUGCACUCAAAGAUUAUGGUCUGCGUCUACUUAAACCCUUGAAAAUUACAGUUGAACUGAAUCAAUUGUUUUUAUUUAGUUUGUCCGGGCUUCUCACUAUGAAUCUGUAAGAUUGCAUUUGAGUAUUCGUUACUUUUACGACUUGGUCUGUAAGAUUUUUGUGCCUUUUUUUAAAUCAAAUUUUUAAAUUUCAAUUUGUGGCCGUUUUAAAGAUUUUCUGUAGCCACGUGGAAGGUUUAAUGCUUUAUCUCAUGCUCAAUAAGAAUUUUGAUUGUUGAAAUUUCAGGUAGGCUUCUGAAAUUUUCAAUCAAGAUUUUGUGGAUUGCGUAGCCUGAACUAUUUGAAUUUCAAUGAGAUCUUCUAAGUUUUCUAUUUUGUUGACUGUUUAGCCUGAAAUAUUGAAAUUGCAAGGAAAUCGUUUUUUCAGUCAAUAUUUUGUGAACCGUUUAGCCCAAGCUAUUGAAACUUCCAAGAAAAUUUUGAAGUGUUCAUUCAAUGUUUCGUGAACUGUUAGCCUGCUACCAUUUCAUUGAACUUUUCAAAGUUUUUCUUACCAGGCAUUUUGUUGAAGUUUGAACCGAUCACUCCUAUCUAUUUGAAUUGUUCUGUGAUUCUUUUUUAUCUUUUUUCUUUUGGCUGCUAUUGAAUAAAUCGAUCUGAACUUACACAUUUAUGGACAAAACAACCAGACUACGUGUGAAUUCUGUAUUCAAAUUGGAUCGCUGUUUGUGAAACUUAGACUGGAGUUUGAAGGUCAAGAAAGAAGUGAAAGGCCUUUCCUUAUUGAAAUGGAAAGACCUGCAUUCAGUUCAUUUUUGUUCGUAUUUUAUGCACUUAUACCCUGUUUUCUUUGCAAGGAAUGCACAAAUAGUCCUUCUCAGUUGUCCUCCCAUACUUUUCGACACAAUCUUCUUUCUUCCAAAAACAAGUCAUGGCAAGAGUCAGUGUUUUCUUCUUAUAAGCACCUAGUUCCUUCUGAUGAUUUAGCCCGUUUUAAUAGCCCUCAUCCCACUCCCAUGUGGCUACUACAACAAGAGCAAGCUCAUCUUGGUGCUGAAAAUGAGCUCAAUGUAUAUGCAAUAAAAAAUUCUGCACAAGCCAAUAGAAGGAUUCUAAAUGAGAUUUCGUUACACAAUGUAAGGCUGGAUGCUGAUUCUAUGUACGGGAAAGCGCAGCAGACAAAUUUGGAGUACUUACUGAUGCUGGAUGUGGACAGCUUAGUGUGGAGUUUUCGGAAAACGGCUGGGCUCGACACUCCAGGUUCUCCUUAUGGUGGCUGGGAAGGUCCCACUGGCGAGCUCCGUGGUCAUUUUCUAGGGCAUUACUUGAGUGCAUCAGCACUAAUGUGGGCAAGCACUCAUAAUGAGACACUCUUGAACAAUAUGCAAGCUGUUGUUGAUGCUCUUUAUGAAUGCCAGCUUAAAAUGGGGACAGGCUAUCUUUCGGCCUUUCCUUCAGAGUUGUUUGAUCGCUUCGAAGCAAUUAAACCUGUGUGGGCACCAUAUUAUACCAUUCACAAGAUCAUGGCAGGAUUAUUGGAUCAAUACAAGUUUACUGGCAAUGACCGAGCAUAUAAAAUGGUCAUAUGGAUGGCUGACUAUUUCUACAAUCGUGUCCAAAAUGUUAUAUCAACAUACACAAUUGAAAGGCACUGGCUUUCCCUCAAUGAAGAGACUGGUGGAAUGAAUGAUGUUCUUUAUCGCUUGUACUCAUUAACUGGAAAUAAAAACCAUCUACUUCUGGCACAUCUCUUUGAUAAGCCUUGCUUUUUGGGCAUGUUAGCUGUCAAGGCAGAUAGCAUAUCUGGUUUUCAUGCUAAUACUCACAUCCCAGUUGUUAUCGGGUCCCAAAUGAGAUAUGAAAUUACAGGUGACCCACUUUAUAAGGAAAUUGGAACAUACUUCAUGGACAUUGUUAAUUCAUCGCAUAGCUAUGCCACUGGUGGAACAUCUGUUGGUGAAUUUUGGACUGAUCCAAAGCAUCUCGGUAGCACACUUGACACAGAGAAUGAAGAGUCUUGUACCACCUACAACAUGCUAAAGGUAGCUCGACAUUUAUUUCGUUGGACCAAAGCAAUGCCAUAUGCUGAUUAUUAUGAGCGUGCCUUGACUAAUGGAGUGCUUGGAAUACAACGAGGUGAGGAGCCCGGAGUCAUGAUUUACAUGCUUCCUUUAGCUCCUGGAGGUUCAAAGGCUGUUAGUUACCAUCGUUGGGGGACACCAUUUAACUCAUUUUGGUGUUGUUAUGGGACAGGCAUUGAAUCGUUUUCAAAAUUGGGAGACUCAAUUUACUUUCAAGAGAGAGGCAAAUAUCCCAGUUUAUAUAUUAUCCAGUUUAUAUCGAGUACUCUAAAUUGGGAUAUAGCAGGACUCACUAUUAAACAAACAGUGAAUUCAUUGUCUUCGUGGGAUCCAUACCUUCAUAUUUCACUGGAGUUCUUCAAACUAAAGGAAUUGGAAGAAAAUAACACGGAAUCUACUGUGAACAUACGAAUUCCAUUUUGGACAUUCCUGAAUGGUGCUGAGGCUACCUUAAAUGAUGAGAAGUUAACACUGUUGGAACCAGGGAACUUCCUGACUAUUACAAGGGAAUGGAAAACCGGAGAUAAGUUAUCUCUAUUGUUUCCUGUGGGAAUUAGAACUGAGAGAAUCAAAGAUUACCGUUCUCAGUUUGCCUCUGUCCAAGCAAUUCUUUUUGGACCUUACCUGCUGGCUGGAAUGACUCGUGGGGAUUCAGAUCUCAGUGUAAAGAACAAAAAUUCACUUUCAGAGUCAGUUACUGCAGUUCCCAACUCAUUUUCUUCUCAGUUGUUUUCCUUCUGUCAGAAGGGAAAGAUCUCACAUUCUCCUGUUGUGGACAGCUCUACACUAGUCUUCUCUGAAAGCAAUAAUAGAAUUUUGAUGGAACCAUUUCCAAUGGAUGGGACAAAUAAUGCCACUAGUGCUACUUUUAGAAUAAUAGAGCUUCUUUCAGAGACCAAAAAUCUUGAGUUCAGAAAAAGGGAAGUCAGUUCUAUCAAGGAUUUUGUGGGAAGUGAAGUUUAUCUUGAGCCCUUUGCGUUGCCUGGAAUGCUGGUCUCUCAUGAAGGUGUUAAUAAUCCCGUCUCUAUAAUAAAUCGUCCUCAGUUUAUUGUUGGAGAUGAGCAGCCUUGUACAGCAGGUAUCUGCAAUCUGCAGUCCCCAGAAAUGGAUGCUGUUUUCAAAGUACGGUUAGGACUGGAUGGAGAAAAUGACUCUUUUUCUUUUGAGUCUGCAAACCUUCCAAAUUGUUUCUUGUAUGGGAUAACAAGUUAUGAAGUGGGGCAGGCUGUCCAAUUACGUUGCAAGCCAAGUGCAAGUGAUCCAGCAUUUAUUCAUGCAACAAGCUUCACCGUGAGUGCAGGGAUUGCUAAAUACCACCCAAUUAGUUUCAUUGCUAGAGGCUUAAGGAGAGCUUACCUUCUUUCCCCUCUCAAUGCCUUCAGAGAUGAAUCCUAUACGGUGUACUUCAACAUCACAUCAUGAAUGCUCAUGAUAUCAGAAAUACUUUACAUGUUAUCUUAAUGAUAUUUGGAACUGUGCUACCAUGAUUAAUCUUCCAACCCUCGCUAACUUCUAUCUGAUUGAUAAUAUUUAGAUCCAGUUGUCAAUGAUUUUGCUUCUCGGAAACAAUAGCUGUUUCCCCAUAAAAGAAUGACGAUUUCAGGUAGGCUAGUUGGCUGCAGAGAUCUGUAGAACCAUGGAUUGAGUUGGGAACCAAAAUUGCUUAGUGGCAAGUUUUAUGAACUGGCAAAAAGUAGUAUCUGUUAAAAAACACUCUAAAUUAAUAAUUUGAUAAGUCUUCUUUUUCUUUUGUA